GUUAACAGUGUGCUGGCAGACGUCCUUGCUGGAUUUUCUGAGUUCUUUUUUUAGCGUUCUCCAAAUAAAGGAAUACAAUUGAAAGACCAGUCUGUAGUGUGUGUUGUCAUCUAUAUAAAAAAGAUUAACAAAAAAAGAAAAAUAAAUAAAUAAACUUUUUCAGUCACAUUGUUUAGGGCGUCAUUGUGAUUUAACAUACGUUACGUUACGUGUUUAUAAUAAGGAGAAAAAGUCUCAGUCUUUAAUGUGAAAUUGUGUUCAAUUUAUUUUCAAAUUGCUAAAAAAAAAAAGAAAAAAAAGACGAAAAGGAUUUAUUACGUAACGAAAAACUUUUACUUAAACACUUGAAUUUUGUUAUAAAAAACAGUCGAAAAUGUCACCUUUAAUGGAGCGAACACUACUAGUGGCGGUCGUUUUGGGUUGCCUACAAGUUACCACAGCUUUAAUGUGCUACGAUUGUAACAGUGAAUACGAUCGCCGUUGUGGAGACCCAUUCGAUCCUUAUUCAAUAGGUGUAGUUAAUUGCAGCAAACAAGAGCCCUUGGAACAUUUGAAGGAUAAAUAUAAACCUAUUUUAUGCCGCAAAACUACACAAAAAGUAUACGGUAAGGUACGCAUUGUACGCGGUUGCGGUUAUAUACCAGAUGAACGUACAGACGAUGGUGAGUGUCUUAAACGAUCGGGUACACAUGACGUACAGGCUAUUUAUUGCGCUUGUACAAAUGAUUUAUGCAAUCAUGCUGCAUCAACACAGUUAAAUAACAAUGAAAAUUAUUCAAAAUUAAUUUUCGCGUAUACAUUAGCUGCCCUAACUGUAAUUUUUUCAUGUAACACAAUUAAUAUGAAUUUCAUGCAAACUUCAUAAAUUUUUAUGGAAAACAAAAUAAAUAACGACGAGUAUAUAGUAGAUUGCAGAAGCAAAUGGACGUGGUAUCAAGAGAAUUAAACAAGUGGUUUAGAGAAAAAAUAAUAGAAAAAAAAUGGCUAGAAAAACCAAAUCUUACGCUUGAAGAAAAGAAAAAAUAAAAUAAUAAGGAAAAUAAAAUAUAUAAAAAAAAAAAUCCAAAACAAUAUGUUUUUAAAAUUGUGAGCAAGAAAAGAGAUAUUUUUUGUGUGCAUUCUGUUGUGUUAAUAGAGUUUUAAAUAUGAAAGUUUUCACAAAAAAGGAGAAAUAAAAUAUU